CGCCUUAAAUGGAGGAGCAUGUAACGUGCAGCGACUUUCUUUCUCAUAUUUCAAAGUUUUCUUUUGUCCUCAUCUUUUUUUUCUAUCACGGCAACGAUGGGUCUCGACAUUCUUCUUUUCCGCGACCCCGACACUGCUGCGGCCGUGCGAGAGUCGGAGCGCCGCCGCUACGCGAAGCCGGAGGUUGUGGACGAGAUCAUCGCGAUGGACCAGAACUGGCGCCGCACGCAAUUCCUGAGCGAGGCCACCAAGAAGAUGAUCAACACCUGCAGCAAAGCCGUCGGCGAGAAGAAGAAGUCGAAGGAGGCGGACGGUGACGUGUCGGAGGUGCCGGCGGAACUGCUGGCCGCGGCACACGAGGGUAAUCUCGAUGCGGACAAGGUGAAGGGCCUCUGCAUUCUGCAACUGAAGGAGCUGUCGAAGGCCCUCGCGGCACAGGUCACCGAGCUUGCCAAGGCCGCUGCAGAGCAGGAGCAAGAGCGCGACCGUCUGGUAGUGUCUGUCGGAAACGUGCUGCACGAGUCAGUGCCCGUGUCAAACGACGAGGACACGGGCAAUGUGACGGUGCGCACCUUCGGUGACGUCACGCGCCGCAUGAAGCUCACCCACGUUGACUGCAUGGAGAAGCUGGGCCUGAUGGACACGUCGAAGACGGUGACGGCGAUGGCUGGCGGUCGCGCCUUCGUGUUGCGUGGCGGUCUGGUGCAGCUGCAGUUCGCCCUCAUCUCGUACGCCAUGAACUUUCUCGUGUCACGCAACUACGAGCCCUUCUAUCCGCCUUUCUUCUUGAACAAGGACUACAUGAGCGCCGUGUCGCAGCUGUCUGACUUCGACGAGUCUCUCUACAAGGUGUCGGGUGACGGUGACGAGAAGUACCUGAUCGCCACUAGCGAGGCACCGAUCGCUGCCUACCACUCGAACAAGUGGUUUACAGAGCUGAAGGAGCCUCUGCGCUACGCCGGUGUGUCGACGUGCUUCCGCAAGGAGGCCGGCGCCCACGGCCGCGACACACUCGGCAUCUUCCGCGUUCACCAGUUUGAUAAAAUCGAGCAGUUCGUCGUGUGCUCGCCUCGCGAGGACGAGUCGUGGAAGAUGCUGGAGGAGCUCAUCAAGACCUCGCAGGACUUCAACGAGAGUCUCGGCCUGCCCUACCGCGUCAUCAACAUCUGCUCCGGCGCCCUCAACAACGCGGCGGCGAAGAAGUACGAUUUGGAGGCGUGGUUCCCCGGCUCCGGCGCCUUCCGUGAGCUCGUGUCCUGCUCCAACUGCACGGACUUCCAGUCUCGUGGCGUGAACUGCCGCUUCGGACCCAACACGAAGGGCACGUCAGCGAACAACACGAAGGAGUACUGCCACAUGCUGAACGGCACGCUGUGCGCCGUCACCCGCACGAUGUGCUGCAUCUGCGAGAACUACCAGACGGAGGAGGGCAUCGUCAUUCCGGAGGUGCUGCGGCCGUUCAUGAUGGGCACGGAGAUGCUCAAGUUCCCAGCCGAGGCUGCGAAGACGGAAUCCGCUUAG